GCCGGUGAGACCCGUUAGUGGACGCAGGUUGCUGUGGUUCCAGGAGGGAUCUGCUGGCUGUGGGCUGACCUCGCCCCGCUCUGCCCUUGCGCCCUGGAGAACUGGGACCCAGACGACGGCAUCGCGCCCCGACAGCUCACAGGGCGCUGGGAGGGUAGCUUAGUAGACCGGUUUUUCGCGUUGUUUUAGAGGGCCAGGGGAAAGUAAAAAAGGCAUUCAUUCAGGCAAAUACUGUAGGGGCAAAAUCUGCGGACUAGUCCGGCGGGCUGGAAAGUUUGGCCCUGCGAGGCCACCGUUGGCCGGUGCUGUUCCCACAAUACGGUGCCAGGCAGCCGCCCAGUGGAAGCCUGACCCGCAGAGGCCUGGGCCACGAAGAUAGUCCCACGGGCUGGCCUUUGGUUCCCAGUCCUCUCCGAGCGGGGUCUCCUGCGGGUGGGUGGCUAUGGGGGCGAACACGAAGGCCCCAGGACCCGUUGGUGCGCGGGCCCGGAGUUUUACGGCUUGCCCCGCCCAGGUCUCGCGAGAGCGCAGGCGUACGUCUCGCGAUACGCGGGCGUAAAAGAGGGAGAUCUGAGCAGCGGCGACGGCGGCACGGAGGCUGAGGCGUCUAGAAGGGAAGUGGCCAUGGAAGACCUGGGGGAGAAUACCACCGUCCUGUCCACCCUGAGGUCUUUGAACAACUUCAUUUCUCAGCGAGUGGAGGGAGGAUCUGGACUGGAUGUUUCCACCUCUGCCCAAGGUUCUCUGCAGAUGCAGUACCAACAGAGCAUGCAGCUGGAGGAGCGAGCAGAGCAGAUCCGUUCCAGGUCCCACCUCAUCCAGGUGGAGCGGGAGAAGACGCAGAUGGAGCUGAGUCACAAGAGGGCCCGCGUGGAACUGGAGCGGGCAGCCAGCGCCAGUGCCAGGAGCUAUGAGCGCGAGGUGGACCGCAACCAGGAGCUCCUGACGCGCAUUCGGCAGCUGCAGGAGCGGGAAGCCGAGGCGGAGGGGAAGAUGAAGGAGCAGCUGCAGCGCUACAGGGUGUGCCAGCAGAGCCUGGACGCGGCCAGCAAGAGGCUGCGGGACCAGGAGGACGGCCUGGCCGAAGCCGGCGAGACCGUCAGUGUGCUGAAGGGGAGGCUCUCGGACCUGCAGUGGAGCGUGAUGAACCAGGAGAUGCAGGUGAAACGCCUGGAGUCUGAGAGGCAGGAGCUGAAGGAGCAGCUGGAGCUGCAGCACAGGAAAUGGCAGGAAGCUAACCAGAAGGUUCAGGAGCUCCAGGCCAGCCAAGAAGCACGGGUGGACCAAGAGCAGAGGAUUAAGGAUUUGGAGCAGAAGCUGACCCUGCAGGAGCAGGACGCUGCAAUCGUGAAGAAUAUGAGGUCUGAGCUGGCGCGGCUGCCCACGGUGGAGAGGGAGCUGCGGCAGCUGCGGGAGGAGAACGCCUGCCUGCGGGAGAUGCGGGACACCAACGGGCUGCUCCGGGAGGAGCUGGAGGGGCUGCAGCGGAGGCUGGGGCGGCAGGAGAAGAUGCAGGAAACCCUGGUCGACCUGGAGCUGGAGAAGGAGAGGCUGCUGACGAAACUGCAGAGCUGGGAGAGGCUGGACCAGACCACGGGCUUGAGCAUCAGGACCCCAGAGGACCUGUCCAGGUUCAUCGUGGAGCUGCAGCAGCGCGAGCUCACCCUCAAGGACAGGAACAGCUCCAUCACCAGCAGUGCCCGGGGGCUGGAGAAGGCCAGGCUGCAGCUCCAGGAGGAGGUCCGCCAGCUCAGCAGCCAGCUGCUGGAGGAGAGGAAGAAGCGGGAGAUGCACGAGGCCCUGGCCCGGCGGCUGCAGAAGCGCGUCCUGCUGCUGACGAAGGAGCGGGACGGCAUGCGCGCCAUCCUGGGGUCCUACGACAGUGAGCUGACCCCGGCCGAGUACUCGCCCCAGCUGACCCGCCGCAUGCGCGAGGCCGAGGACAUGGUGCAGAAGGUGCACGCGCACAGCUCGGAGAUGGAGGCUCAGCUGUCACAGGCCCUGGAGGAGCUGGGAGGCCAGAAACAAAGAGCCGACAUGCUGGAGAUGGAGCUGAAGAUGCUGAAGGCCCAGGCGGGCCCGGCCGAGCAGAGCUUCCUGUUCUCCAGGGAGGAGGUGAGCUCGCUCAGGUUGAAGGUUGAGGAGCUGGAGGGAGAGCGGAGCCGUCUGGAGGAAGAGAAGAAGGUGCUGGAGACACAGCUGGAGCGGCUCACCCUGCAGGGGGACUACGACCAGAGCAGAGCCAAGGUGCUGCACCUGAGCCUGAACCCAGCCGGCGCGGCGAGGCAGCGGCUCCACGAGGACCGGCAGCGGCUGCGUGAGGAGUGCGCGCGGCUGCGGGAGCUGGUCCACGCCCUGGAGGCCGGCGGCGCCGUCCCCCCCGACCUGGAGGCCGCCGCGGGGCUGCCCUCGUCCGGGGCGGUGGCAGAGCUGAAGAAGCAGGUGGAGAGCGCGGAGCUGAAGAACCAGAGGCUGAAGGAGGUCUUCCAGACCAAGAUCCAGGAGUUCCGGAAGGUGUGCUACACGCUGACGGGCUACCAGGUGGACAUCACCACAGAGAACCAGUACCGGCUGACCUCCAUGUACGCCGAGCACAAGACCGACUGCCUCAUCUUCAAGGCCGCGGGACCCUCGGGCACGAAGAUGCAACUGCUGGAGACGGAGUUCUCUCGGACGGUGCAGGAGCUCAUCGAGCUGCACCUGCUGCGGCAGGACAGCAUCCCCGCCUUCCUCAGCGCCCUCACCCUUGACCUCUUCAGCCGCCAGACCGUGGCCUAGCCUGCGGCCCCCCGCCCCGGCUGUGCCCCCAACUUCCGAAGGCUUACGAGGCAGCCGGCGGGAGCCCGCUCAGGCCUGGCCCCCCGCCCCGCGCCGGCCGUGCCCCCAACUUCCGAAGGCGGAAGAGGCAGCCGG